UUGAACACGUAUAGCAUAUGUCACAUACUCUCUGGUAUUACGAUAACCAGAAAUGAAUUGUAUCUGUCAAAAAAAAAUCCGACUCAAAGGAGCAAUACUAGCCACUAAGGGAUGAUAUGACACGUGGAAAAAAUUGGUUGGGUCUUAGAGAUGAGGCGCAAUCUCUCUAUCUAUCCAGGUUGUGUGGUGCAAUAGACAUAUAGUGAGCAAACAAUGAAGAUAUUAAUUUGUAUAUUCCUCAGAAAGUAUAUCAAACACACUCACCCUCCUGCCUGCAACUUCUAGUUAACAUUUUCCACUAGAUUUUAUCAUCUCUCUCUCUUCAAUUUACAAAUGGCCACCAUUACUGCUUGCACUACAACCUCAUCGGUCUCACGUCCUGCUCUCUUGCCCAAGGGAUCUGCACUACGUCCUACCCCGUCGGUUCUUGGGUUACCAGCAAUGGAGAAGGUGGGAAAAGUGAGGUGUUCCAUGGAGGAAAAGCCUGCAGUGGUAGAGAAUGGCUCAAAUAUUGGCAUGGGUGCUUCACUGAUUGCGGCGGCGUGCGCUGCAAGCAUGUCUAGCCCAGCCAUGGCUCUAGUGGAUGAGAGAAUGUCCACAGAAGGGACUGGACUUCCCUUUGGUUUGAGCAACAACACUCUUGUUUGGAUCAUUAUUGGUAUAUUUGGUUUGAUAUGGUCCCUCUACUUUAUCUACACUUCUACACUUGAAGAGGAUGAGGAGUCAGGAUUGUCCCUUUGAAUUUGAAACUCUUUUUAUGUUUUAUUGUAAUGAGUAAUGCUACUACGUUUUGUAUGGAUGUGUUUGUGUAUGUCUACUCAAUUGUAUUUUCCCCACUCUCCAUCUUCUUUGACUCCUUUUUCUUUGUUGUAUUUCUUCACCCCAUGCUCUCCUUAAUCACCGAGGCAAUAGGAAGUAUUUUGGCUUUGGUUGUUGGUUAACGCAACCCUUAUCUUUUAUUCGGGUAAAUUAUAUGUAAAUGCUUAUUGCAAAGGGGAUUGAUUU